AUGUCCAAAGGUUUUGAUAUCCGAAGGGUAAGAUGUCCGGAGAUCCAAAGGUCCGGAGAUCCAAAGGUCUGGAGGUCAGCAGGAGUGGACAGGAUUAUAGGACAGGAGAAUAAAGGCUACCAUGGACAAGGACUCCAUAGUCGGAACUUGAGUCUUGAAUCUUGGGUGUCGGGUGUCGGUUGUCGGUUGUCGGUUGUCGGGUGUUGGGUGUUGGGUGUUGGGUGUUGGGUGUUGGGUGUUGGGUGUUGGGUGUUGGGUGUUGGGUGUUGGGUGUUGGGUGUUGGGUGUUGGGUGUUGGGUGUUGGGUGUUGGGUGUUGGGUCUCGAUGGUCAGGACUCAAUAUUUGGGACUCGUUGGUCGGGACUUGAUACUCGAUUGUUGGGAUUCAAUGGUCGGGCAUUGGGUUUCAGGACUCAAAUCUCGGGCUUUGGGACUCGGGUUUCAAGACUCGGUAGUCGGGACUCAAUGGUCGAUUGUCAGGAUUUGAUAGUCAGGGCUCGGAUAUUGGUACACUUCACUUGA